AUGCGCAAUAGAGGCUUUGGCCUGUCGUCGGUCGGUCGGGACCUCGGUCGGGACCUCGGUCGGCUCGAUCGGCCGCGACACGAGGGUCGGAUGGCGCUGCUGCUGAGGAAGAGAUGCUGGACAAGUUUGUUUGUACUGUUAGUCCUCGUCAUGUGCAUGUUUUGUCUCACCUACACCGGGCUCCAGCCCCUGAGGGCCUGGACGACUUGGCGCCAAGCUCCCACCACGGUUCAACUUUCGCCGGAGUCUCAUGCGCCUCUCUCGCAAACCCUUUACGGUUUACCGUCCGCGGCAUCGCAAGCUAAGUCGCUGCAGAAUCUCCAAAAUUCACAAUAUUCCUCCGUCACGACUGCAAGCAUCGUGAGUAGAACGUCAGUCGUCCCAGGCACCAUUUCAACCGUUUCCUCAUCUUUCGUCUCCUCUGAGAGCACUGCAGACACAGGCAAAAGGAUUUUCAUACUAACGCAGUCGUUUGGCGGGCAGCUGACGCGAGCCGUGAAGAACAUGAUGGUGCAGCAGUGCUGGGCUAGAGAUCUGGGCCCUGACGUCACAAUCCUGGAACCAUUCUCCCAUAAUUCCCAGCUCCUGCACACGCCACAGAUCUGGGAGUCUGUCAAACGAGGACAGACCCAAAACGUGGCACGGUUCAGCGACUACUUCGAUCUAGAGUUGUACAACGCUGCAUCGCUGAAAGACGAAGGGGCACCCCUCAUUAAGUGGGAGGAGUUCCUAAUCCAGGCUCCGCGACAGGCGGUUGUGGUGGUAACGCCACAGGGCUCGUGCUCUCAAAUCAUCAACCGCCACCUACACACCGCAGUCAACAGACUCUUCAAAGAUUUCCUAAAGACCCUCGAAAACAUGAACUUCAAAAUCCUCAAGAUAGUGCCCGUCGACUGCUACGAUAAGCAGAAACUGAAUCAGCUGUUGUUGGCAAACAUGCACAAUGCGACAAUUGUCUUCAACUCCUGGCGAAACUACAACGUGGCCAGGACUUGGCUGGGAGUCAGCACCAGGUGUGGCAUCUCUGAUAAGUACCCAGCAGACAGACUCAGACCCAGCGCCAUAAUGAAGAGACAUACUCACAAGUACCGGGCAGAGGUCCUGGGGGCCAACAAGACCAUAGCUAUAAUGCUGCGAGUUGAGAGGUUCCUGACUCUUAAAUCAUCUCGUGCAGUUGAUGACACUGUCGAGUCAUGCCUGGAGAAGACUCUGGGUGUGUACUCUGACCUGAGAGAGGAUCCGCGCUGGUCUAACAGUAGCCCGUUUCUCACUCUGGACAUUGGGCGAUACGGCAGCGGUCUCAUGCAGAGCAACAAGACAGUUCAGAGAAUGGACGAGUCCCUAGACUCAGUCACUGCGUCAGUGACACAGUUUCUGGUGAAGGUGUAUGGAGGGAGAUGGACGAGUCUGGAGGAAUGGGAGGACAGUUUCCUAGUGGCAACGGAGGGCAUCGCGGAGAGGGGCUACGUUGCUAUGCUCCAGAGGCAGAUUGCCGUGGAGUCAGAUUGCCUCGUUCUGAUGGGCGGAGGCUCGUUUCAGGAGGUGGCGGCUAACCAUUACCUCAUCGCUCACCCAGACCCCGCCCACCAGUGUCUGCACGUGGUCUGCUCGGCCACAGCUCUCACAACAACUCUGGAGAACUCACAACAGCGGUGGAGGAACAAGAAGCCAGCUAUGGGAAGACUCCCACAUCAACACUGA